AUGAAGCUGCCGCAACUUAUCUGCAAAUUGCAGAUGCCUCUGCUGCUGCGGCUGUUGUUGUUGUUGCAAGUGAUCCUCACACGCUGCCAGAACAGCAGCCUUCGUGUCAAUACAAAUCUCAAGGAGAUGGAUGCAACCGCCAUGGCCUUGCCGUCAAUAUCGGCUGCAGGCAAUAUUUGUACACGCGAGGAGCCCUAUGUGGAGGUGGUUCAGGUGCCGGAGGUGCAGCCGGUGCGUGUACGCACUUCCACCUGGUGCCUCGACAUACCACCGCGUUGCUCCUCAUACAAGACGGAAAUGCGUGAGGUGAUGAGGGUACAGAAACUGAACAAGACGCGCACAGUUCGAUUUUGCUGUCAAGGCUAUGAGGGCAAUCUUUCUGACAGUCAAGCCAGCUGCAAGCCCAUUUGCCGCGGUGGCUGUGGGCGUGGCAGCUGCCUUAUGCCCGAUAUUUGCAGUUGCGAGGAAGGUUACACCGGCAAACACUGCACCCAGCGCUGUGAUCAUGAUCGUUGGGGAUUGGACUGUAAGAAUCCGUGCCAAUGUCGAAAUGAUGCUGUUUGCGACAAUAAGACCGGAGUGUGUCAUUGCAUUGCCGGCUGGGCCGGCCAGUUCUGCGAACAGCCCUGUCCACCGGGAACUCAUGGCGUCAUGUGCCGAAAAGCCUGCGGAUGCGCUGAGAGAUUGUGUCACCCUCAGACCGGAGAGUGUAUUCGACAGGAUCAUGUGGGUGCUUUAAAUGUCAGCCAUGUCGUGCUUGAGACCAUCAACUCGACAAUGGCAAAUCUCACACACAAUAUUAAUAACAUUGCCAAGCGAAUUGGGAGCAUGCCGGAGGGUAGCCUUGAUCAGGCCUCGCCGAGUCCUCUGCCCGAGGUCAUACUGAUCAAACAGCCUGUUCAGGAGGGCUCGCACACCCCCAAGAUUAUACUGCAUGAGUCCAGCAAUGCUCUCCUAGAGAACUUGCACACAGCCGCAGCUGCUGGUGUACCAGCUCCAGAAGUAAUACACGUAAUCACCAAUGCUGGCAGUGCGUCGCAGGAGCAUUCACCUCAGCUCAACUUGGCAGGAUUUGCAUCUGGCGAGACCAAUCCAAGUAGAAACACUCAUGAUCAUGAUGCCAGCCUACUGAGUACUUUGAUCGUUAUACUUCUUGCGCUAAUGACUGCCAUUAUACUUGGCUUUCUUUAUGUCUAUCGACGCUAUCAUGUCCAGAAGGAAGCUGUCAUCUACAAUGCCAAUGGAACGAUUACAACUCAUCCAUAUCCACAUGUCGUUACCAAUUCCAAUCUCAAUCCAGAGGUUGUUAUAAAUGAGUCAGCUGCAAUGGGAAAAAUAUUUCACGGGCCGCUGCCAAAACCUCCAGCCGCAACUGCGGUUAAUCAAACGAAUGAGGUUUCUCCACCGGAACUGUAUGACACUCCUAGCAAUAACUCAUCAAUAAGAACGCCGCCCUACGCCUAUUCUAGAAAGGAAUCACUUUAUUCAGUAAUCUCGCCCAAGUCACGCAAGGGAAGUCUCGACUCGCAUCUGUAUGAUGAGAUACGUUACCAUCAGCAACAGAACCAACAACAGCAUUACCAACAUCACCACCCUCAACCACAUACCUCGGAAAUACGCUAUCAACACUCUACCAUGGCAGCCGCCUACUUACCACCACCAGUACCAAUGACGCAGCGACAGUCGAGUCACCAGCACCAACCACAGCAACAUCAUCAAUCGCAAAACUCACAUGUUUCCCACUUAGUAAUACCGCCUCAGGAUUCCAAAUUUCUGCAGGUACCUAACCAGAUUACAACACAAAAGGUUGCUCAUAUAUAGGAGUGCAACAUUUUGUGAACUACAUAAAUUUGAUUAUAUUUUUUAU